AUGUUAGAACCCCGUUUAUCCAUCGAACAACCAAGAUUAGAACCCUCUCCUGCUACCCGAACCCCUCGAUCGGCCCUUCACGAUGUCGUGACCCGUGAAUACACCAUCCACCUCCACAAGCGAGUCCACGAUUUGUCUUUCAAGAAGAAGGCACCAAAAGCCAUCAAGUCCAUUGUCGAGUUCGCUCAAAAAUCAAUGGGUGUGAACGACGUCCGAAUCUCCCCUGGUCUCAACCAAGCCGUCUGGGCCCGAGGUAUCCGAUCCCCACCUAAGAGAAUCAGAGUCAGACUUGAGAGAAAGAGAAACGACGAUGAGGGUGCUAAAGAGAAACUUUACGUGCUCGCUUCUGUUGUUGAAGGUGUUACCAGCUUCAAGGGCCUCCAAACCGUCGUUGUUGAAGGUGACGAGUAA